GUUCUCUGUGUCGGGGCCCUCUAGGGCCUUCUGCACUGCUCUAAAGCGUAGUGCUCACUGGUGGUGUUAUUUCCUUUUUUUUUUUUUUUUUCCCCAGCCACUUCCGGGUCCUGCGUCGCUCCGGAAGCCCGCGAGUUCCGGAAGCCCGGGUAACCCACAUUCUGCUAGGAAAAAGCCAAGCUUUCCAGAGUAUGUUUCAGAAAAAGUUACGUGGAGCGUGGGCGUUUCGCACACUCCUAAGGUCCCAGCAAGUAUGAGGCAAGGAUUUCACAGAGGAACUUGUGGAAAAAGUCUCCAUUGCCAUAGUAGAGGGCUGUCAAGUCUUGAAGGAGCUGCAGGAAAGGGGAAAAGCUGUCAUUCCUUUCAUGAGGAGGGCCAAAAAGAAAACAAAAAGUAAUAGAAAAGAAAAGGGAGAACUAAAGAAAGGAAGAAAGAAGAGAGAAAAGAGAGAGAAAGAAGUUCCAAAGACCUUCAGAGAGGACAUGGCACCCAGAGAAGAGAAUACAAAGAGUACAGGCAGAGUACUCAGAAUAAGUCAGUUGGAUGCGCUGGAACUAAACAAGGCCCUGGAGCAGCUGGUUUGGUCCCAGUUUACUCAGUGUUUUCAUGGAUUUAAGCCAGGCCUGUUUGCUCGCUUUGAACCAGAAGUGAAAGCGUUCUUGUGGCUUUUCUUGUGGAGAUUCACUAUCUACUCUAAAAAUGCUACUGUGGGACAGUCAGUUUUGAAUAUUCAGUACAAAGACAAUUUUUCCCCGAGCCUGAGAUAUCAGCCACCAAGUAAAAACCAGAAAAUCUGGUACGCUGUCUGUACCAUUGGUGGGAGGUGGUUAGAAGAACGAUGCUACGAUUUGUUUCGAAACCAUCAUUUAGCAUCCUUUGGGAAACUUAAACAGUGUACAAAUUUUGUGGUUGGACUUUUGAAAUUAGCAAACUCUUAGGUGCCAGGUACUGAGGAAGCUACUGUGAAUAUAAUGGUGAGUACAGGAAAAAUAGUCAUCAUCAUGUAGUUCACCUUGUGUGAUUAAAUGGAUUUUUGAGUUUAACCUUGGUUUAAUUUAAAUAAUAGCCAAUGAAUUUUGUUGUUUGGAUGUAAGAGUUUUUCAUAUGUUACAAAGUUCACCGUUUUCUUCUCUAAUUUUAAAACAUUAUUGUUAAAAACUUCAAAAAUUUAGGAAAAAAUGAAAUUUUCAUUUUUUUCCCCACCGAUCAUCACAGUAUACUGGUUCCUUUGAUGGUACACACAUUUCUUAUUUACAGAAUCAUUUAACCUCUGUCAUUGGGCAUUUAGAUUCUAUCUACUUUCUGUAGUAAGUAAACACAAUGAUGAAUUUGGAAUAUCGUCAGGCCUCUUAGUUUCCACGAUAUAAACAAAUCCAGAUUGAAUUGCAAAAAGAAAAAUAAUUUAUUGAAUUAUCUCAGUGAAGGAUCUGCAUGUACACUGCAGGGCCAGUCUGGUUAUACGUGCUCAAAUAAUUGUCUUCGAACAGUCUCUCGGCCAUAAUUUUAUGAUAAACACUGUACAUGGUAUGAGGGAUAUGAACUCAGGUUCAACCUGUGCAGUUCAGUUAUAUGUAGCCUGGGCAAUGCACUUAAUCUCUACACUGGCACAUUGUGAGGAUUGUGUUUAGGAUAUAAUAGUAGUUCCUUCCAUUAAUGGUAAUAUUCUGAGUUGGCUUCAUUCUCAGGCAAAAUGAUGGCCACUUUUGAUGCUUAAGGUUUAUAUUCUGCCAGCUUUCUGAUUCCACUGGAAUGACAUUCCUCUUCCUGGUAGUUCCAGCAAGAGUUCUGUAUUAUUGGUCUGUCUUGGAUUACACACAUUUCUAAACCAGUUACCACAGGAAAAGUGAUAAAAAAUACUGUUCCCACUUACUCAAAUGUUGCUGACAUUCCCUGUGUAUACCACAUGAACCUAAUGGUGCUGAGGGGAGGCAGCUCAUCACAGAAAACCAAGCUGCUCUUAUAAGAAGGAUGGAUACUGGGCAGAUAAAAAGAAGAGAUCACUAAUAAAGUUUACAUUUGCCCUUAUUAUACCUAAAGUCCAUUUGCAGUCUCAUUUUCCAGUGACCUAGUUUAUACUGAUAUUAAUAAACAACUGUCUUAGAAUACAGGUUUGAAAUGAUUAAAUGAAGUCAAGAUUUUGUUAAACCAACAAUUUUAUUGUUAUUGUUAUUUGAUAGCUGAGUAAACUCUAAAGUAGAUGCCCCUAUUUUAAUUUUAACAUGAGAACAUAGUACUUUAAAUGCUAGCUAAUAAAGUUGUCAAUUUUAUGGAGUCUUUUUUUUCUUUUCUCCCCCUUGAGACUGAGUUGCACUGUGUUGUCCAGGUUGGCCUGAUCUCAACCUCCUAGUCCUAAGUGAUCCUUCUGCCUCARCCUCCCCAGUAGCUGGGGCUACUUUUUAAAUUUUUAAAAAAGCUCUAUUUAACAUUUGCAAUCUUCAGAACCAUGAGUUCAGAAACUGAAUGAAUGUUUUGUUCUUCAUUGGAUAACCAGAACCUUUAGUUCUAGCAUACCAAUAUAGAAAUCUUAGCCAAAUAAAUAAACUUAGUGUCGCAGAUUGAGUUCUAUGGAAGCAGAAGUUCAAAGUGGUUGGAAAUGCUAGACAUAAGCAGUCAUUUUUCAGGAUUGGUGGGAGAUAGGUUUUAGAAUCUCUGCAGGUAUACCAAAAUUGCAGGUGCUCAAGUUCCUCAUAUAAAAUGGCAGAGUGUUUGCAUAUAACCAUAUACAUCCUCCCAUAUACUAUAAAUCAUCUAUAGACUACCUAUAAUACUUAAUGCACUAUAAAUAGUUAUGAUGUAUUGUUUAGGGAAUAAUCUGAAAAAUGCUAUACAUAUUCAGUACAG